AAACAAUUCGAUCUCUUCUUGUUGGCUCGCUCGGUGGAGAGGUAGCAGAGAGAGUGAAAAAAGUAGAGCGGAAUCCAUGGAAGGGGGAAGUAGCGGAAGAGCCGAAGCUCAACGAUGUCUAGAAAUUGCAGAGAAGCUUCUUUCAGUUCGAGAUCUCAUAGGAAGCAAGAAUUUUGCAGUUCGAGCUCAAAAAGCCGAUCCUUUCCUUGACGGAAUCGAGCAGAUCCUUGCCAUCGUCGAUGUUCUUCUGGCAGCCGAGAAGCGGAUCAACAAUCACUUGGACUGGUACGCAAUCCUGCAAAUCGGUUGUCAAUCUAACGAUCUGGAACUCAUAAAGAAAAAGUACAGGAAACUGGCUUUGCUCUUACAUCCGGACAAGAACAAAUCCGCCUUCGCCGAUGACGCGUUCAAGCUCGUCGUCGAUGCUUGGGCUGUUUUAUCUAAUCCAUCCAAAAAGCCUCUCUAUGAUAACGAGCUCAAUCUCUUCUCCAAAAUCGUUUCAAACCACAACCUACAACAACAACAACCUGUAAAGCCAACUCCUCGAAACAGGAAGAGAAAGGCACCUAAGGAGCAAAUCUUUAACUCGGCUAGCAACAGAACUCCAUCGUUGAUGUCGACUUUCUGGACGACAUGUCCGUAUUGCUAUAAUCUCUAUGAGUACCCUAGGAUUUACGAGGAGUGCUGUCUCAGGUGUGAGAAAUGUAAGAGGGCUUUUCAGGCUGUGAUGGUUAAUUCUGUUCCUCCGGCUGUACCCGGGGAGGAAGAGUUCUUCUAUUGCUGGGGUUUCUUCCCUCUGGCUUUCUCAGACUCUAAGUCUGGUGGCGGUAAACCUAAAUUUCCUAGCUUUUCUAGUUGGACGUCUUCUUCACCUCCGAUGUAUCCUCCUAAUCUUCAGCCUGGAGGGAAUCGUAGCUCUACAGACAAAAAUGCUGGGUUUCCUAAUUGGAUGCCUUUCUCUUCCAUGUUUACACCUCAAUCUCAAGCUGAAGGUAUUCGUAAUGCUACUGGGGGAAAUGAUGAUAGUUCGGUAGAUAUUAUUGACAAGGGGAAUUUUCCUACUCAGGUUAAGGUGAGACCUGUGUCAAAUGAGAAAUCUGGGGAACCAGAAGAGAAAGUGAAUAACAGAGAUCGGAACUCUCCGGGGAAGGCUAAGAAAGGGGGUGGUGAUGGUGAUGGAAGGAUGGAGGUUCCCAAAGUUGCUACUGCAAGGCUGCAAAGGAAGAAGACAGUUGCAAAGAGAACCCAAAAACAGAUGGGUAGAGGCCCCCAGGUUAAGAAAGUUGAAAAUAGAUCAACCCGAAAAUUGGGGAAACUUGAUUUGAAUGGGAAAGUAGGGUGUGAGGUUGAGGAUUCUGAACCUGGGGAAGGAACAGAUGCAGGGAGUGGGAAUGAAAAUGUUGCUACAGGGAUUGGGUUCUAUGAGGGACUUGAUGAUUUGCUGGGAAAUAUGCCAAUACUUAAUGUUGUAGAUGAUGGUGGAAAGGUUGAAGGUGGUGAUGCAUAGUUUGGGAUGAUUCCUGGCUGCUGCUUGUAAGCCUGUUGUAAUGGUUGAUGUAACAAUCUACAACCAGAUUUUCUGCUUUGCUGGUUGCCUCUUAGGGCAGAUGUAUAUUAUGCAGCAAUGUAUUUGUAUGCUAUUUAAACCAUUAGGAUGACUUCUUUUUCUUUUUGUAGAUUCUUCCUUCCUGUGAACAUGACUCAGUGUUUAUUAGGCUGAAAUCAAGUGGAAACCUGGGUCUGGGGAAGAACUCAAUGUCUAGUUUACUGGCUAGAUUGAGAAGUUUUGGUCUGAUUGUAGUUGCCUUAUUUGCCUCAAGAAUUUAUGGUCUACCCAACUCUUGCAAUGUGUUCCUCAUAUGCCUGCAGAUGGGUAAGCAGU